AUGCAAUGCUCUUAUAAAUAUUGUGGUUUAGCAAAUAAAGCUUAAUCCGAUGGUGUGGUUUCAUGUCCUCUAUGUUAUUAAACUCGAUAUUGUUCAUAAAGAUGUAAAGAUCUCGAUUGGUAUAAAGUGUUGUUAAUUUUAGGACUAUUUCACAUAAAUUAAAUUGUAAAGGAAAAUAAGUUAGAUAAUCAAAUGUAAAUGAUACUUAAUCUACUGUUAAAUCUAUUGGCAAAAAUAUUGAUGAUUUCGAAAUUAUAGUUAAAGAUGGUAAGUCUGAAUUAGGACGAGGUAGUUAUGGUUAAGUCAAACUAGUUAAAGAUCGCUAAAAUGGAUAGUUAUAUGCUAUGAAAAUAGUAAUUAUAAGAUAUAUUAAUUUAGUUAAAUAAAAAAAGAAUAUUUGAGUAUUGGUCAACAGAAAACUUAAAGAGAGAGAUUAAAAUUUAAAGAAGAUUAACUCAUCCUCAUAUUGUUAGAUUGUAUCAUUAUUUUGAAGAUAAAGAGAAUGUCUAUUUGAUUUUAGAAUUAGCAGAAAAUGGAAGUUUAUUUGUAUAUGUUAGAAGAAGAAAAAGGUUACCAGAAAAAGAAGCAUUUGUUUAUUUCUUUUAAACUUGUUUAGGAAUUGAAUACCUUCAUAAGAAAAAUAUUUUACAUAGAGAUUUAAAACCAGAAAAUCUAUUAUUGGAUAAAUAAGGAAAUAUAAAAGUUUGUGAUUUUGGUUGGUCAGCUGAAGCUAAUCAAUAGACAAAAAGAACAACAUUUUGUGGUACUUUAGAUUAUAUGGCUCCAGAAAUGUUAUUAAAUAAACCUUAUGAUUUUAAAUUAGAUAUUUGGUGUUUAGGAAUUUUAUUAUAUGAAUUAAUUCAUGGAUAAGCUCCAUUUAAAGGAAAAACUAAUUAAGAAAAAGGUCAAAAUAUCAUAAAUUUAUAAACCAUAGAAUUUAAUCAAAGUUGUUCUUUUGAAGUUAAAGAUCUUAUUAGCAAUAUACUUAAAAUUAAUCCAGAUGAUAGAUUAUCUUUGCUUUAAAUAUUUGAACAUCCCUUUAUGAAAAGAAACUACGAAAGCUAUGGAAUUGAUUUAAAUCAAUAUUUAAAUAAAGAAGAGAAAAUUGAAAACAGAUCUUUGUCUCCGGUUUAGGAAUAAUUAAAAGCCAGGUAUUAUUAAAAUUUAUUAAUAUUAUAGAAACUUUACAUUACCAUAACAUAAUUCUUCUCAUGAAUUAAAUAAUCCUUCCCUGUAAUCUACAUUUUCAAUUUAAUAAAAAUACUCUAAUGUUCAAAAUUACAAAAGUAUUAAUUAACCAACAACUGGAACUAAUACAUCCAUAUCAACUGUAUUCAAAACAUUUAUUUUUAGUAUUCUUAAGAAGAUGAAUUAAAAGCUAGAGUAAGUCGAGUUUCGUAAAGGCAAUAGAUAGCUUAAUAAUAAAGAGAAAUAGGAUCAUAUAGAUAAGCCAAUAGUGAUCUUGGGUUAAUGGAUAGAGUUUUUUAAGCUUUAGGAUGUUUGAAUAGAGACAAGUAAUAAUAAAAUUAAUAAUUUUGA